GUGCUGCUCUCCGUCGGAGACCCGCCUCCUCCCCGCCGAGAGAUCCGCAUCGAGGGCGACCUGGUGCUCGGCGGCUUGUUCCCCGUGCACGAAAAAGGAGGCGGCAUGGAGGAGUGUGGCCGCGUGAAUGAGGACAGAGGGAUUCAGAGAUUGGAGGCCAUGCUGUUCGCCAUCGACAGAAUCAAUACGGACCCGUCUUUGCUGCCUGGCAUCUCCCUCGGUGUCCACAUCCUGGACACUUGCUCCAGAGACACCUACGCACUGGAGCAGGCUCUGGAGUUUGUGAGAGCCUCCCUCACCAAGGUGGACGACACCGAGUUCAUCUGUCCCGACGGAUCGUACGCUCUGCAGGACGACAGCCCACUCGCGAUCGCGGGCGUCAUAGGAGGCUCCUUCAGCAGCGUCUCCAUACAGGUUGCCAAUCUUCUCAGGCUCUUCCAGAUCCCUCAGAUAAGCUACGCGUCGACGAGCGCCAAACUCAGCGAUAAAUCCCGCUAUGAUUACUUCGCCCGCACCGUGCCCCCUGAUUUCUAUCAGGCCAAGGCCAUGGCCGAGAUCCUGCGGUUCUUCAACUGGACAUACGUGUCCACCGUGGCGUCGGAGGGGGAUUACGGUGAAACCGGUAUAGAGGCCUUCGAGCAAGAGGCCCGCAUGAGGAACAUCUGUAUCGCCACUUCGGAAAAGGUGGGGCGUUCAAACGCUAAGAAGUCCUAUGAAGCUGUGAUCCGUCAGCUCCUCCAGAAGCCGAAUGCCCGAGUGGCCGUUCUCUUCCUGCGCAGCGACGAUGCCAGGGAGCUGCUGGCAGCUGCUGCCCGGCUGAACACCUCCUUCAUCUGGGUGGCCAGCGAUGGCUGGGGUGCGCAGGAAAGCAUUGUCAAGGGAAACGAGGGCACCGCCGAAGGAGCCAUCACACUUGAGCUGUCAGCCAAUCCUGUGCCAGAAUUCAACCGCUACUUCCUCAGCUUGGACCCGGUCAAGAACCACCGUAAUCCCUGGUUCAGGGAAUUCUGGGAGCAGCGGUUCCAGUGCUCUUUAGGUGGUGGAGGAACGCAUCUUCUCCCCCCGUGUGACAAGGAUUUGUCCAUUGAUAAGAACAACUUUGAACCCGAGUCAAAGAUCAUGUUUGUGGUGAACGCGGUGUACGCUAUGGCUCUUGCCCUUCACAACAUGCAGAGGAGUCUGUGCUUCAACACCACCAAGCUGUGCGACAGCAUGAAGGCCUUGGACGGGCGAAGACUCUACAGGGAAUUCAUCCUCAACGUCAGCUUCGCAGCCCCUUUCUCUCCGCCGGGCAUUGAGACAGCGGUGAAGUUUGAUUCCCAGGGGGACGGCAUGGGCCGAUACAACAUCUUCAGCUACCAGCGCUCCGGCGAGCGUUAUACUUACAUGCCAGUGGGCGAAUGGGCAGAGACUCUGACACUGAGCGGUGAUCUAAUCCACUGGCCAAGAGAAGUGGUGCCCACCUCGCAGUGCAGCGACCCCUGCGAACGUAAUGAGAUGAAGAAAAUGCAGGCAGGUGAGUACUGCUGCUGGAUCUGCACGGCCUGUGAGCCUCAUGAAUACCUGGCUGAUGAGUUCACCUGCUCGCCCUGCGCUCCCGGCCAGUGGCCCACUGACGAUCUGGCAUCCUGUUAUGACCUUCCGGAGGACUACAUAAUGUGGGAAGACGCCUGGGCCAUUGGUCCAAUUACUAUUGCUUGUGUAGGGUUCAUGUGCACCGGCAUGGUGUUCUGGGUGUUUGUCAGACACAACAACACGCCACUGGUGAAAGCUUCGGGCAGGGAGCUAUGUUACAUCCUCCUCUCGGGAGUCUUCUUGUCGUACGCCAUGACUUUCCUCUUCUUGGCCAAACCCUCUCCCGCCAUCUGUGCCCUGCGUCGCCUCGGCCUGGGCACAUCCUUUGCUGUCUGCUACUCAGCCCUCCUCACCAAAACCAACAGAAUUGCCAGGAUUUUCAAUGGGGUCAAAGACGGAGCGGGCGCGGUGAGGCCACGCUUCAUCAGCCCAUCGUCUCAGGUGUUCAUCUGUCUGAGUCUAAUCUCCGUCCAGUUGGUGAUGGUCACAGUGUGGCUGCUGCUGGAGGUUCCCGGGACACGGCGCUUCACUUUGCCUGAGCGGCGGCAAACUGUCAUCCUCAAGUGUAAUGUUCGAGACUCCAGUAUGCUGCUGUCACUGGGAUAUGACGUGCUCCUGGUCAUCCUGUGUACUGUGUAUGCCUUCAAGACCAGGAAGUGCCCAGAGAACUUCAAUGAGGCCAAGUUUAUUGGGUUCACCAUGUACACCACCUGUAUCAUAUGGCUGGCCUUUCUUCCCAUCUUUUAUGUUACAUCAAGCGACUACAGGGUCCAGACCACCACGAUGUGUAUCUCCGUCAGCCUGAGUGGCUUCGUGGUCCUGGGCUGUAUGUUUGCACCGAAAGUCCAUAUCAUCAUGUUCCAGCCCCAGAAGAAUGUGACCAGCCACAGGCUUAACCUCAAUCGCUUCAGUGUCAGCGGUGCUGCCACCACAUACGCAUCUCACGGUAAUGCCCACUUCGUCCCCACCGUGUGCAACGGGAGAGAAAUCGUCGACUCCACCACUUCCUCCCUGUGA